GACGGAGAACUGGGCCGGGGGCUCGCGACCGGAAGCAGCCGGGGGGGGCGUGCCUCACGCUGGAAGUGCUCGCCGGCGCGCUGGCUCCACCGCUUCGGUGGUGGGAGAUGCGCGGGCGGCCGCGGGCGAGGAGCCGGGUCGGAGGCCGGCAGUCCGGAGGCAGUUCGGCUCUGGGGCGGCGCGGCUGCCCCGCCGUCAGACCAUGGCCCCGACCAAGCCGUGGGGGGAGUGGUUCCUGAGCCUGCGGGUGACCCCCGCCGGGUUGUUCGGCGUGGCCUUCCUCGCCCGAGUCGCGCUGGUUUUCUACGGGGUCUUCCAGGACCGCACGCUGCUCGUGAGGUACACGGACAUCGACUACCAGGUCUUCACGGACGCCGCGCGCUUCGUCACCGAGGGGCGCUCCCCUUACCUGAGGGCGACCUACCGAUACACUCCCCUGCUCGGGUGGCUCCUCACCCCCAACAUCUACCUCAGCGAACUCUUUGGAAAGUUCCUCUUCAUCGGCUGCGACCUCCUCACGGCUUUCCUCGCCUACCGCCUGCUGCUGCUCAGGGGGCUGGGGCGCCGCCAGGCGUGCGGGUACUGUGUCUUCUGGCUGCUCAACCCGCUCCCCAUGGCGGUGUCCAGCCGAGGCAACGCCGACUCGCUGGUCGCCUCGCUGGUGCUGGCGACCCUGUACCUCCUGGAAAAAAGACUCGUCGCGGCCGCCGCGGUGUUCUAUGGGUUCGCGGUGCACAUGAAGAUCUAUCCCGUGACCUACGUCCUUCCCAUAGUCCUCCACUUGCUCCCAGAGCGCCACCAGGACCCUGGCCUCUGUCCCUCCCGCCAUUGCCUCCAGGCUGGUUUGUCCGAAUUCCUGAAGAGGCUGUGGAGUCGGGCUGUGCUGCUCUUCGUAGCAGUCGCUGGACUCACCUUUGUUGCCCUGAGUUUGGGUUUUUACUAUAAGUACGGCUGGGAAUUUUUGGAGCACACCUACCUUUACCACCUGACCAGGCGGGACAUACGCCACAACUUCUCUCCAUACUUCUACAUGCUGUACUUGACCGCGGAGAGCACGUGGAGUGUCUCCCUGGGCAUCGCUGCGUUCCUGCCCCAGGUCAUCCUGCUUUCAGCAGCGUCUUUCGCCUAUUACAGAGACCUUGUCUUCUGUUGUUUCCUUCAUACGUCCAUUUUCGUGACGUUUAACAAAGUCUGCACCUCCCAGUACUUCCUUUGGUACCUCUGCCUGCUGCCCCUGGUGAUGCCACUAGUGAGAAUGCCUUGGAAGAGAGCGGUGGUUCUCCUACUGCUGUGGUUUGUAGGGCAGGCCUUAUGGCUGGCACCUGCAUAUGUUCUUGAGUUUCAAGGAAAGAACACCUUUUUGUUUAUCUGGUUAGCUGGCUUGUUCUUCCUUCUUAUCAACUGUUCCAUCCUAAUUCAAAUCAUUUCCCACUACAAGGAGGAACCCCUGGCAGAGAGACUCAAAUAUGACUAGCAUAUGCUCCAAUUCUUCCGCCACUUCCAUCUCUUACAUUCCGAUUGUUCUGAAUGGACCAGAAGAGAGCUUUGGAAGAAUUUUGAACAUCCUAAGCACUCCAGUGAAAGUUCAGUUUGGAGCAUAAUACCAGUUCCAACAAAUUAAGAUAAACGUUUACCUUAUGUAUAAAGGGGACUGAGUAAUUGGGGUCCACCUUUAGGAAAUGGAAGGGCUGUUUGAAAAUGGAAGGGCUGAUUAAACUUUCAGAUGUUAAAAGGUUUGUUUGUUUUUUAGAAAAAUACAGGGAUGUAGUCAGACACAUAAAGUCUAAGCCAGUGUUUGUUCCAGUUAUACUAUGCUACUGUCAGAAGCAGUCUUAUCUUUUAACCCCCACUUUUUUUCCACCUAAAGCUCUCACGAUAGCUGUGAAAACUCACAAAAUGUUCCUAAAGUACAGAUUUUAAAUAUGAAUUCUUAAGUACAGUACUGUGUUUAGGUUAGCAAAGUGAAUUCUGUAUUAAUGGGGGCUUAGAAGAUAAAGAAUCCAAAGAAUUUAAAUUGUAAUCAUAUUUCAUGUACAGGUAUUCUUUUUAUAGCUUAGUUUUUCAACACUUAGUCCCCUUGGGAUUAGAUUACAUUUUGGUUUUAUACCAAAGGGAUUAAAUUUAAAUUCAUCCAUUUUUAAAUUGGAAUUAUUAUAUAUCUUAAAAUAGCCUUUUGUUUUUGAGGUCUAUAAACUAGUAGGACAUUUUAGUGUU